AUGACUUCUGAUAAGCCUCUUGCCUUCCCCCCAAUACCUUUGCCAGGGGUGUUGGCCUAUGCCGCUGCUGAUCCUCUCAGGCUCUGUUUGAAGUACCAUCCCGACAAGGGAGGGGCGCAUGCCACCGACCAAUUCCAUCGAAUCAAAAUCGCCUACGAUACGCUGUCUGACCCAAAGCAGAAAGUGAAAGCCCUCGCCGGUGGAACCCUCAUCGAAGCGGCCAAGAGUCCAUCCAACAACAGCAGCAGCAAAUGGAGGAAGAGGAGUAAUGACGAGCUCCUCAGGAGCGUGAGUCCACCUUCUGAUGAAGCUGCUAUGGGGGAUGGGAAUUUGGAGAGUAUGAGCAUCACCAAGCUCAAGUGUAUAGCGAAAGCUCGGGCCAUCGACAUCGCGACCUGUAUUGAAAAGGCUGAUAUCAUCAAUGCUAUAAGGAAGGGAUUAGAGGAAACGUCUGCAUCAGGAACAGCAGGAGGCGACGAGGAGAAGGAUGAGGCACGACCGAUGGGGAGCUCUGUUGCAGCGAGGGGAGGGGCGGGUGAUGAUGACCCUACACUUCACAAGGAGGGUAACAGCUCGCGAAUUGGUCAAUAG